GCGCGGGUCUCCGCGGCGGCCCCUUUGUGGCGGGCGCUGUCCUUUGUGGGGGGCCGGCGGCGCGUCCGCGCGCUCCCCCGUCCGUCCGUCCGUCCGUCCUUCCGUCUCUCCCGCCCGGCCCUGGCCCCGCGGCGCGGGUUCUCUGGGAGGAGUGUGUGACGGGCCGGGGUUGGGGGCUCGGGGGAGGGGGUCCCCCAAGGCCGCUCCCGGGGACGCUGCCGAGGGGCGCCAUGGAGACCCCCGCCCCGAAGCCCGCGGACGCAGGUACCGCUUCGCCCUUUGGGUCAGGGGGUCUGCGGAUUUGCCCCCCGGGGGCUGGCGCCCAGAGGGGUCCCCCAGAGCACCCGGCAGCAGCCGGCCUCCCGUUUCCCCGCCGGCACCCCCGUUGGUUCCCUCCUCCCCCAGCUCUGUCCUCUCAGGGCCCUGCUCUUCUCCUCAAAGACAACCCCAAGGAUACAUGGGGUCGGGAUCCCCUGGAAGCUGAGUCCGAGGAAUCGGUCACGUUCAAGGACGUGGCUGUGGACUUCACCGAGGAGGAGUGGGGUCAGCUGGACUCCCCGCAGAGGGCCCUGUACCGGGACGUGAUGCUGGAGAACUACCAGAACCUCCUCUCCCUGGAGGGUUCUGCCUCCUGCCCCCCAGGGGACGUGCUGGCGACAGAGCUGUGCCGUGUGCUUCCUCCUGAGCCUCAAGCCCGGAGAGCAGCAGGUUGCCUUCUCCCAUCCCCAGGAGCAUGGCCUCCAGUCUGCAAGCCAGACGUGAUCUCCCACCUGGAACGGGGUGAGGAGCCGUGGCGGGUGCGGAGAGAAGCCCCUGGAGUUGCUUGUCCAGUGUGGGAUCCUGACCAUGAGAUGAAGGAGGAAUCAUCUCCAAAGCAGGACAUUGAUAAGGAGGAACCAUCUCAGGAGUCGACGGCAGAAAGGCUGAUGGGGUCCUGUCUUCACGGCUCCAAUGUGGGUGAAGUGUGGGACCAGGAGGCCCAGGUCCACACUCUGACAAGAAGCCAGGCUGUGCUCUGGAAGCAAGUGCCCACCCCCUGGGAGGAUAUCUCUCCAAAGGAGAGCUGUUGGGGACACAAUGUGCCUGAGAGAGACUUUCCACCGAGGUCAACCCUUCUCACCCAACUGAGCAUUCCCGCCGAAGACUCUCAAGAAAGACACCUGAAGGCUUUCCAACCCAGUGAGAUCAUCACAGAACACCAGAGAAUGUGUGCAGGGGGAAACCCUUUCGGGUCAGAUGAACACAGAAAAUAUUCGCACCUGGAGAAGCAGCGGAGAGCAGAUGCCGGGGAGGAUCCUUUUGUGUGUGGGGAAUGUGGGAAAGCUUUUAGUCAGAGCUCAUCCCUCACCCUGCAUCGACGGUGGCACACCCGGGAGAAGGCGUACAGAUGUAACGAGUGUGGGAAGGCAUUCACGUGGAGCACCAACCUCAUCGAGCACCAGAGAAUUCAUACCGGAGAAAAGCCCUUUUUCUGCAGUGAGUGUGGGAAAGCCUUCAGCUGUCACUCGUCACUUAAUGUUCACCACAGAAUUCAUACAGGCGAGAGACCCUACAAGUGUAAUGUCUGUGAGAAGGCCUUCAGCUGCAGCUCGCUACUUAAUAUGCACCUCAGAGUUCACACUGGAGAGAAACCCUACAAAUGCCCCGAAUGUGGGAAGGCCUUCAACCAGAGGACGCACCUCACCCGGCAUCACAGAAUUCACACGGGAGAGAAACCUUAUAAAUGUAAUGAAUGUGGGAAGGCUUUCACUUGCCAUUCCUCCUUGACGGUGCAUGAGAAAAUCCACAAUGGAGAUAAGCCCUUCAAAUGUAACGAAUGUGAGAAGGCCUUCAAUAACCGUUCCCGCCUCAUUCUCCAUCAAAGGAUUCAUACUGGAGAGAAACCCUUUAAGUGUAACGCCUGUGGGAAAGGCUUCAGCUGCCAUUCCUACCUGAUUGUGCACCAGAGAAUUCACAGCGGAGAGAAGCCCUUCAAAUGUAACGAAUGUGGGAAAGCCUUCAGCUCUCAUUCGUAUCUCAUCGUGCAUCAGAGAAUCCACACUGGAGAGAAGCCCUUUGAUUGUAGUAAGUGCUGGAAGGCCUUCAGCUGCCAUUCGUCCCUCAUUGUGCAUCAGAGAAUCCACACUGGAGAGAAGCCCUAUAAGUGUAACGAGUGUGGCAAAGCUUUCAGCCAAAAUCAUUGCCUGAUUAAACAUCAGAAAAUUCACUCUGGAGAGAAAUCAUUUAAAUGUAACGAAUGUGGCGAGAUGUUCAACUGGAGUUCACACCUCACCGAACACCAGAGAAUUCACAAUGAAGAGAAGCCCUUUCCCAUUCAAUUCAACAAACACUUACUGAGCUCGUACUACAUGCCCAGCAGUCUGCUCGGGGCAGGGGCCACGGGGGUGAGCGAUGUGGACCCAAUAAAUGCGAUGGAUGUGGCAAAGCUUUUGUGUGUGGUUCAGGCCUCACCCAGCAGGAAUUUUCCCGUGGGUAGCAAACCUGGAAAUUAAUGUGACAUGGUUUUCUUCAUGGUAGCUACUUCCUUAGCUACCUCAGUCACUCUCAUUCCUUCCCCCAGGGUGAGUUGGGAAGGCAAGAUGGCUCAUGUAUCCAGAUUGUGAGACCCGCCUUAUCACCCCAUUCAGAUCUUUCACCUGCCAGGACCCAUCUUUUAGGUUAGAGUUCGUCACCUCUGCAGGAAGGGAUACAUUUCAGGAGAAGAGAGCUGAGGGCCAUUUGGGUUAGGAGAUCAUUGACAAGGGGAGUAGAUCUUUCCUGCAGAUAAAAAGAAGGUAUGUCAAUUGGUGAGUCUUUGGACAGGCUCCUGACCUGAUCUGGAUCAGGAAUUUCUCUGUAAACUGUUACAUUUGGGAAAAUAAUAUUUUUUAAAAACCCAGAAGAAUACAACAAUGGAACGAUGGUUGUGAACACUAUUACUUCCAAGUGAACAUUAUCAUAUUCCCAGAGGGGAGAAUAUCUUGGAUGGUGGGUUUUGGGGAAAAAGCAGAUUUCCUAGACUUGCUUAAUGAAGAAGUGUUAUUCCUUAGUGGCAGCUGAAUCAGAAGUCUGCACCGCGGUGGCCUCUGUGUAACCAGGUCCCGACAUGCCUGCCACAUUCCUUACCGUUUAGUCUGUAGCAGGAAAUCGGGAACACCCAGCUGACGUCCGGUGUGUCCGGAGAAGGUGUACACAGCAUCGGACAGAGGUGUCCAGAAACCUGCUUUCAGCUGCCAGGAGCUGGGCUGGGCCGGGCCACAACAGUUUGUUGGGACUUCCCUGCAGGGCCUCUGCUGUCACCAUUUAGCUCUGCUCCCCAGCUCAGCUCAGAGGAGGGGGAAGGGGACACCUCUCCACAGGGAAGGCUGGGAAGGAGGCCUUAGCUCCAGGGAGAUACAGGCUGUUGUACAGACUCCAGGACACGUCAACCCUCUCGCAUCCCAGUGCUUGCAGCAGAGCUGGGCAGACAGUGUUGAUCGGGAACUAAUGAUAACGUUACUUAGUUCCAAGCAAGCAGACACUGCCUUUUCAGUGAUAGUAUUUUACAAUGUAUAGAGUAUUGUAGCUAACAAAAUGCUUUCAAAAUGCUUUUUAAAUUAUCAAGGUAAUAUAAGCACAUUUCGGAAAACAUGGAAUAAACUGCAUUUUGCACUUUGA